AUGAGACUAGGUUUUCUGAUUGCUACUGUCUUGGCUUCGAGCCAAGCAGUGGCGCAAACGGAAAUUACACAGCCUUCGGUGGAGGAUACAACGAAUUUUUGCAAGAUGGACAAGGACUCUCUUGUAGGAGCUAGUUGCGAUGUGACUUUCAAGGAAAUCAACGAGAUCAACAGCAAGAUACGGCCGGAGCUACUGUCCCUCGUGCACAGCGAUUUCUUCAAGUACUUCAAGCUGGAUCUAUACAAGCAGUGCACAUUCUGGAACGAUAACAACGGGUACUGCGUGAACCGCGCAUGCGCGGUCGAUGUUGUCGAGGAGUGGGAUCAGCUUCCCGAGUAUUGGCAGCCCGAAGUUUUGGGCGGUCUUGCGAACGAAAGUUUGAGCGAUGACGAAGCUCUCAAUGAUGAGUGCUCAUUCCUGGACCAGUUGUGUGACAAUUCGCAACUUAGAAUUAACAAAAAUGGCCCCGAUAUUGAUUACUGCGACACAGGUGACUUCCAUAACAAACAGUCCGUACUUGUGGAUCUAACAGCCAAUCCUGAGCGGUUCACGGGCUACGGUGGUGAGCAAUCUUCUCAGAUUUGGUCUAGCAUUUACCGCGAAAACUGCUUCUCACAGAAUGAAACAGGCCAAUGUCUGGCCAAAGACGCUUUCUACAGGCUCGUUUCAGGUUUGCACGCUUCCAUUGGAACUCAUCUUUCAAACGACCAUUUGAACACCGAAACUGGUCGUUGGGAACCCAAUCUAGAGUUGUUUAUGGCUCGCGUUGGCGAUUUUCCAGACAGAGUCGCCAACAUAUAUUUCAACUACGCCGUCGUUGCCAAAGCGCUAUGGAAAAUUCAGCCUUAUCUCGCCCAUCUAAACUUCUGCAAUGCAUACCACGAAGACGUCAAAUCAAUGAUAACCAGCGUUGUCUCUAACCUAGAUUCUAAGAUUUUCAACGAAAAUCUACUAUUCAACGACGACAUCAGUUCAAAUUUGAAGGACGACUUCAGAUCUCGGUUUAAGAAUGUUACCAAGAUCAUGGAUUGUGUUCAUUGUGAUAGAUGCAGGAUGUGGGGCAAAGUCCAGACGACUGGUUAUGCCACAAGCUUGAAAAUAUUGUUUGAGAUCGACUCAGAAGACGAAAAAGCAAAGCAAAAUGUUGUUGACAAGUUGACCAAAUACGAGCUUAUCGCGCUAUUUAACACAUUUGACAGGUUAUCCAAAAGCAUAGAAUCAAUUAACAAUUUUGAGAAACUGUACACUGACAGACUUUUGACGGCCGGCGACAGAAUUCUAGCUCUCUUCAAGAGUAACAACUUUUUCAAGCUCUUGGGUAAUGCUGGAAAGAGCUUUAGCUCCUCGUUGAGAAAUAGGUCAGAUGAUUCAGUAAUAUCUGAGCUUGAGAUAUCUGAACCCGCAAUUACGGAACACAAGAUGGCCGAGGCUGAAAUUGAAAAGCCAGAAAUUGAAAAGCCAGAAAUUAAUGAGUAUGAGGUUGUUGAGCCCAAGACCACUGAGAAUGAGGUAGCUGAGCCCAAUGUUGCUGAACCUACAACUGCUGAGCCAGAGGAUGCUGAACCCAAAACUGCUGAGCCAGAGGAGGAUGAACCCACAACUGUUGAGCCAGAGGAGGCUGAACCUACAACUGCUGAGCCAGAGACCGAAGUCAAAUUUCAAGAUGUGAAAUUGCCUCCCCAGAAAGAUGUUCUCAGGAAGCUCGAGAGCAACAACACGAUAAUCAAAGCAUGGAACACCGAAGUUCACAAUUUAAAUGUGGCACUGCGGUUUAUUUUCCAUAGUUAUCUUGAUUUGCCUAGAAACAUAGCGAGAAUGGCUUUGUACAGGCUAAACUCCUUCUGGAAUUUUUUCGUCGGUGUACCAAAAUAUGUGAACGACGAGGAUCAAAACCAAGCAACUUAUGAGUUGAACAUCCAGUAA